CUCAGUAGACCGGGCUUGGAGGAACAGGUUGAGACGUUUACAAACUGCGAAAUCAUCCAACAUCAUACAACGCGGUUACACUACAAACACAAACUGGAAGGCCUGAGUGCAGCGUGGGUGCCCAGGGAUAGGCCGUCUGAGGCUGGGGAGCAGAGUGGCCGGUCCCCCCCGGUUAUGAACCACACCGAGGGAGGCCUGGUCAUCUUCAGUGCCAACUCACACCCCUCCUCCAGGGAGAUCAGCAAGAGGAUAGGAGAGCGUCUGGGGGUGGAGCUUGGGAAGGUGCAGGUGUACCAGGAAGACAACAGAGAAACGCGUGUGCAGAUCCAGGAGUCGGUUCGAGGCAAAGAUGUCUUCAUCAUCCAGACAGUGUCUAAGGAUGUGAACACUACCAUCAUGGAGUUGUUGAUCAUGGUGUAUGCGUGCAGGACUUCCUGUGCCAGGAGUAUCACCGGGGUCGUCCCCUACUUCCCUUACAGUAAACAGUGUAAGAUGAGGAAGAGAGGGUCUAUCGUCUCCAAGCUGCUGGCCUCCAUGAUGUGUAAAGCAGGUCUGACCCAUCUCAUCACUAUGGAUCUUCAUCAGAAGGAGAUUCAGGGCUUCUUCAACAUCCCAGUAGACAACCUGAGAGCUUCUCCCUUCCUACUGCAGUACAUACAGGAGGAGAUUCCUGACUAUAGAAACGCAGUGAUAGUAGCCAAAUCUCCAGCCUCAGCCAGAAGGGCCCAGUCGUUUGCAGAGCGGUUGCGUCUGGGUAUUGCAGUGAUCCAUGGAGAGGCCCAGGAUGCAGAGUCAGACCUGGUUGAUGGAAGACACUCCCCUCCUACUGUCAAGAUACCACUGUUGAUCCCUAAAGAGAAGCCUCCCAUCACAGUGGUAGGAGACGUAGGAGGACGCAUCGCCAUCAUAGUGGAUGACAUCAUCGAUGACGUGGACAGUUUCGUGGCGGCCGCACAGACGUUGAAGAAGCACGGAGCGUACAAGAUAUUUGUCAUGGCGACGCACGGCAUCCUCUCCUCCGAUGCACCGAAACUCAUAGAGGAAUCUGCCAUCGACAAGGUGGUGGUAACCAACACUAUUCCUCAUGAGCAUCAGAAGCUGCAGUGUGUUAAGAUCCAGACGGUGGACAUCAGCCUGAUCCUCUCUGAAGCCAUCAGACGAAUCUACAACGGAGAGAGCAUGUCCUACCUGUUCAGACACAUCGGACUGGAGGACUGAACACACACACACACACACCCACACACACACACACACACACACACACACACACACACACACACACCCACACACACACACACA